AUGGCCCAGCCCCGAGGGGACGCGAGUCGGCCGUCCAGGGCCUCCCUGACCAUGGCGCUGAGCCUGCGGAGCGCCCCGCAGCACCAUCUCUCCAGGCUGGACACCGGGAGCCUGGGCAGAUACCGUGGCGCUGCCGCCAACGCUCGGGAGUCCUCCUUUCAAGGCUCCGGGAUGCUCUCGGGAGCCGGCUUUGCGCGCCGGCGGGGAGCGCUCCGCGAGCUGUUGGGACUGCAGGGGGCGACUCCCGCUGGGUGGCCGUCGGAGGAGCGCGUGGACGAGCCGCCGCCAGCCGCGCCGGCCGGCAGCGGGCUGUGCAUGGAUCUGCGGGAGCACGCCUGGAUGCUGGCGGCCGCCGGGGGCCGCUUUGAGGAGCUGCAGGAACUGCUGGAGGCUGAGCCGGGACUGCUGCUACGGAGCGACCCGAUCACCGGCUACACGCUGCUGCACUGGCUGGCCAAGCACGGGCGUCACGAGGAGCUCAUCCUGGUGCAUGACUUCGCCCAGCGCCAGGGGCUGCAGCUCGACGUGAGCGUCCCGGGCAGCGGCGGCCUCACGCCUCUCCACCUGGCUACCCAGCAGGGUCACGACAUGGUCAUCAAGGUGCUGGUUGGCGCCCUGGGCGCCGACCCCACGCGUCGCGACCACAGCGGCCAUCGAGCCUGCCACUACCUGCGGCCCGACGCACCCCGGAGGCUGUGGGAGCUGUCGGGGGCCGAGGAUUGGGAAGUGAUGGGCGGUGACGAGCGUAACAACUCCAACAACAACAGCAGCGGUGGUGCCGCGCGGCUCCUGCGAUGGACCCUGAGCCCAGCGGGCACGACGGCCGUGGAGGCAACGGCUAGAGCGGCGGCGCCGUCGGCCAAGGGGAAGGAUUCCGUGGGCUCCCGAGUGGCGCAAAUUCAAGGCCUUUUGCGCCAAGUGUUUCCCUUCUUCCAGGACCGUUGA